AUCCAUUCGCACGAACGCACGGCGGGUGACGCCCACACCACGACGACACCUUCCGUCUGCCUUCCUUCUCCCUUUACCUCCCCGAAUCCGAUCCGACCUCCUCCUCCUCCUCCUCGUCUCGAUCUCCAUCUCCACCCGCUGCUCUUAGAUCCGAUCCCCAGCCACCUCUCCCCCCGCCCGCCUCGCGCAGCGAUCCGCUCGAGAUCCACCCUCACCAAACAACCGCCGGCGUCGCGAGGCUCGGACUUGAGGGAGCUACAGAGGAUGGGUGCUUGGAUGUCGCGGGUGUGGUUCCUCAUGUUCCCGGCCAAGGAGUACAAGAUCGUCGUCGUGGGGCUCGACAACGCCGGCAAGACCACCACGCUCUACAAGCUCCACCUCGGCGAGGCCGUCACGGCCGCGCCCACCAUCGGCAGCAACGUCGAGGAGGUCGUCUUCAAGAACAUACGGUUCGAGGUGUGGGAUCUAGGAGGACAAGAAAGCCUGCGCACCUCUUGGGCAACAUACUAUAGAGGCACUCACGCCGUCAUCGUAGUAAUCGACAGCACCGACCGAGCCCGGAUCAACAUCAUCAAGGACGAGCUGUUCCGGCUGAUCCAGCAUACGGACCUGGACAACACGGUGGUCCUGGUGUUUGCCAACAAGCAGGACCUCAAGGACGCCAUGUCGGCGGCCGAGAUCACGGACGCGCUCUCCCUCCACAGCAUAAAGAACCACGACUGGCACAUCCAGGCCUCGUGCGCCAUCACGGGAGAGGGUCUCUAUGACGGCAUGGGCUGGAUAGCCCAGAAAGUCGCGGGAAAAGCCACGACAAGCUGACCCCCAAAACAAAAACAAAACAAAAAACUGUCUGUAUUUUGGUGAAAAUUUGUUGUAGUGUGGCGGUGGCAAGGAUGAUGGGAGAUUAUUGUUCCCUGCCACUCGGGUGUUUUACAUUAUUUAUGUUUUCAUAUCUGAAUACCGUGUCUGUAUUCUUCCCACAGAUCUCUGAUUAUAAAAAAGGCAAAUUCGUACGA